ACCAUACAAACAGAAAGAGUGCAUCCUUCGCAACAACGCCUUCGAGCAGAGCAGACUUCGGUGAUUGGACGAGACAACAGUGGAAAAAUUCCCCGGCGUGGACACAAAGAACUGUGCGGUACUAAUUGUGGAUUAAAAUGGCGCUGUCGUCUGCAGGAGGAACAAAGAAGAAAGUUUGCUAUUAUUAUGACGGCGACGUGGGUAAUUAUUACUAUGGUCAGGGUCAUCCCAUGAAACCCCACAGGAUCCGUAUGACCCACAACCUGUUGCUCAACUAUGGACUGUACAGGAAGAUGGAGAUAUACAGACCCCACAAGGCCAGUGGAGAGGAGAUGACCAAGUACCACAGUGACGACUACAUCAAGUUCCUGCGUUCCAUCCGGCCAGACAACAUGUCAGAGCACAGCAAACAGAUGCAGAGAUUUAAUGUGGGAGAGGACUGCCCAGUGUUUGACGGCCUGUUUGAAUUCUGUCAGCUCUCAACGGGAGGCUCUGUCGCGGGGGCAGUGAAGCUGAACAAGCAGCAGACGGACAUCGCCAUCAACUGGGCCGGAGGACUCCAUCAUGCCAAGAAGUCUGAGGCCUCUGGGUUCUGCUACGUCAACGACAUCGUCCUCGCCAUCCUGGAGCUGCUCAAGUACCACCAGAGGGUGUUGUAAUAGUUGUCUGUCGACAUUCACCAUGGAGACGGAGUGGAAGAGUGUGUGUCCUCUGGAGACCUGAGGGUGAGUGUGUCCUCUGGAGAAUACUUCCCUGGUACCGGAGACCUGAGGGACAUUGGAGCAGGGAAGGGGAAGUACUACGCUGUAAACUACCCUCUCAGAGACGGCAUCGACGAUGAGUCUUACGAAGCCAUCUUCAAACCUGUGAUGGCUAAAGUGAUGGAGACGUUCCAGCCCAGUGCAGUCGUGUUACAGUGUGGAGCCGACUCUCUGUCAGGAGACCGACUGGGCUGUUUCAACCUCACCAUCAAAGGUCAUGCUAAGUGUGUUGAGUACAUGAAGAGUUUCAACCUGCCUCUGUUGAUGUUGGGAGGUGGCGGUUAUACCAUCCGUAACACACACACACACACACACACAGCACACCCAACGGCUCGCUGCUGGACCUACGUAACCGCUGUGGCUCUGGACAGCAUCAUACCUAACGAGCUGCCUUACAACGACUACUUUGAGUACUUUGGUCCUGACUUCAAGCUCCACAUCAGCCCGUCUAACAUGACCAACCAGAACACCAAUGAUUACCUGGAGAAGAUCAAACAGAGGUUGUUUGAGAACCUGCGCAUGCUGCCCCACGCCCCGGGGGUCCAGAUACAGGCCAUCCCGGAAGACGCUCCACACCCGGACUCUGGAGAUGAGGAGGACGAGGACCCUGACAAACGCAUCUCCAUCAGGGCCCAUGAUAAGAGGAUAGCCUGUGAAGAGGAGUUCUCUGACUCUGAGGAUGAGGGACAGGGAGGAGGGGGAAGGAGGAACGCUGCCAACCACAAGAAGACCAAACGCGUCAAGACUGAGGAGGAGAAAGAGGAGACUGAGGAGAAGAAAGAAGUGAAAGACGAGGAUAAAGACGCUGAAGAGAAGAUGGACACAACAGGGCUAAAAGAAGAAACUAAGACGUGUUGAAGCAUCAGAUAUGAGUUUCCAGUCUGUGUGUGUGUAAAAUGAUUCUCUUAAUGCUGUGUUAGUAUUUCCUCAUACGCGGUCAAAUCUUUUGGGCUUUUGUCAGUGUUGAAAUGCAAGGUGUUUUCAACAAUAUUCAUUACUCACAUCUCUACCACAUUCUUCUGUUUCUUCCCUGAACCACGUGAGAAUCUGGAGCAGUAGUGGGGAGCCUGUAGUAGUGGGGAGCCUGUAGUAGUGGGGAGCCUGUAGUAGUGGGGAGCCUGUAGUAGUGGGGAGCCUGUAGUAGUGGGGAGCCUGUAGUAGUGGGGAGCCUGUAGUAGUGGGGAGCCUGUAGUAGUGGGGAGCCUGUAGUAGUGGGGAGCCUGUAGUAGUGGGGAGCCUGUAGUAGUGGGGAGCCUGUAGUAGUGGGGAGCCUGUAGUAGUGGGGAGCCUGUAGUAGUGGGGAGCCUGUAGUAGUGGGGAGCCUGCUUUAGAUUCUCAGGUGGUAUUGAGGGGAAAGGUGGAUACCCAGUUGUACGAAAGGUUGCUGGAUCGAAUCCCCGAGCCGACAAGGUAAAAAAAAUCUGUCAUUCUGCCCCUGAGCAAGGCAGUUAACCCACAAAACCAUCCCCUAUCAUGGCCCCUGACUGAAACAAAACCAUCCCCUAUCAUGGGCCCUGACUGAAACAACCCCCUAUCAUGGGCCCUGACUGAAACAAAACCAUCCCCUAUCAUGGGCCCUGACUGAAACAACCCCCUAUCAUGGGCCCUGACUGAAACAAAACCAUCCCCUAUCAUGGGCCCUGACUGAAACAACCCCCUAUCAUGGGCCCUGACUGAAACCAUCCCCUAUCAGGGGCCCUGACUGAAACAAAACCAUCCCCUAUCAUGGGCCCUGACUGAAACAACCCCCUAUCAUGGGCCCUGACUGAAACCAUCCCCUAUAAGGCAGCCCCCCCCUUCUCUGAUUGAGGGGUUGGGUUAAAUGUGGAAGACAACAGACUAGGUAUCUCCUCUUUCCCCUCAACAUGACCUGAGAAUCAGAAAAGAUGAUGCGCUGCUUUUUAACGCUCCUUGGAUUCGAAUCCCAGGCUCCUUUAGUUCCUCCAUCUUCACUUGACCCGAGGUAACAUAAGUGAAAGCCAAUCCCCCCCUGAUAAUUUUUUAUUUUUAUUUUACCUUUAUUUAACUAGGCAAGUCAGUUAAGAACAAAUUCUUAUUUUCAAUGACGGGCUGGGAACAGUGGGUUAACUGCCUGUUCAGGGGCAGAACGACAGAUUUGUACCUUGUCAGCUCGGGGAUUUGAACUUGCAACCUUCCGGUCACUAGUCCAACGCUCUAACCGCUAGGCUACCUGCCGCCUCUACACUCUAACCGCUAGGCUACCUGCCGCC